GACGGCGUGACGUGGGGCUGACUCGGUCAGCUGGCUCCUCCAUCUGAACGGCAGGGAGAGCCUCUCCCAAAGGGAGACAUCACCAUCAACGCCCGACGCAGCUUCACCGGCGGCCCGCCGGAAGAGGAGAAAAACAUGGGCGGAACGCGGCUGUAGUGGCGGAUCGGGCCCCAGCGGCAGUCGGGAGACGCGGAUUAUUUAUUCACCUAUUUAUUUAUUUAUUUAUUUCCCCCGCCAGUGUAAUGGCAGGGGUCCAUGGCUGCGGCUGCUGAGAAGCAGGUGCAACAUCAUCGUCGGAGGCUUUUCGUUCCUCGGCAUGGGCUGGGAAAGGGCCGAACCCCAGGCUGGAUCACUCCGUGGGAAGGGGCCAAAGGCUGGGCCGCGGCUGGGGCCCACAGCCUGCUAAGACUACAACUGAUAAACGCUCUGUGAAUAUCAGCGUAUUUUAUCCAAUAUGGCCCUUUUACAGCUCAAGGUUAUCCGCACACAGCAGCACGCGUAACCGGCGCAUCUGCAGAACAUGGAAUAAGCGCUUCCCGCAGCCUGUUGGAGGAGAGACUCUAAUAAAAUACCCUCUAUUUCCCACCCUAAGUGCUGACUGGGUCAAAACACUGUGACAGUCCAGCCUUACAGGCCUGAACAUUUUUUUUGUGUGGCUUAUAUAGUCUUGUUUGGAUAAACAGAGUGCAGCUGCCAAGAUGAUGGAGAUAGACGAGGUGGUGUACCAGGACGACUACGGCUCCGGCACCGUGAUGUCGGAGCGGGUGUCGGGCCUGGCCAACAGCAUCUACCGGGAGUUCGAGCGGCUCAUCCACAGCUACGACGAGGAGGUGGUGAAGGAGCUGAUGCCGCUGGUGGUCAACGUCCUGGAGAACCUGGACGCGGUGCUCACCGAGAACCAGGAGCACGAAGUGGAGCUGGAGCUGCUGAAGGAGGACAACGAGCAGCUCAUCACCCAGUACGAGCGGGAGAAAGCGCUGCGUAAGCAGGCGGAGGAGAAAUUCAUUGAAUUUGAGGACAGUCUGGAGGCAGACAAAAAGGAGCUGCAGAUGCAGGUGGAGGUUUUGGAGCUUCAGGGGAAGCAGCUGGAGCUGAAGACGAAGAACUACUCCGACCAGAUCACUCGUCUUGAGGAGCGCGAAGCAGAGAUGAAGAAGGAGUACAACGCUCUUCACCAGCGCCACACCGAGAUGAUCCAGACGUACGUGGAGCACAUAGAGCGGUCCAAACUGCAGCAAGCAGGGAGUAACAGCCAAUCAGAAGGCCCCGGCUGUGGACGAACUCAACGCCACACAUGGAGGAAAAGCAAAGCAGAGCGCCCGCCGUCGCUGAGCCUGUACCCUGGUGGCGAGGGGAUGGUACGUGGGGGUCACGGGGGGGCUAGGAUGAUGCCCGGGAAAGACAUCUGGCAGGAGGACGAAUCAGAGUCCGACUCGGUUGCAGCCACACCCAGCAGCACAGGAAGCAAGUCCAACACACCCACCUCCUCUGUCCCCUCCGCCACCAUCACCCCCAUCAACGAGGGCUUCCCCCCGCACUGCGACUUCGACAUGAUGCGCGCCGGGAACCGCAGGAAAGGCGCCAAGCGUCUCAGUCGCAACAUGGAGGUGCAGGUUUCCCAGGAAACCAGGAACGUCAGCAUCGGUAUGGGAAGCAGCGACGAAUGGUCCGAAUUUCAGGAAAUAAUCGACUCCACCCCAGAGCUGGAGAUGGGAAUGGAUUCCAGGGUUUAUGGAGGUGGAAACAGUCCUUCUCAGGGGAUUGUUAACGAGGCAUUCGGCAUCAACACGGACUCACUGUACCACGAGAUCAAAGACGCAAAGUCGGACAUCAUCGGGGACGUCGACGCCGGUGCCGAGCUGCUGGGCGAGUUUUCAGUCCGUGACGAUUUCUUCGGGAUGGGAAAGGAGGUGGAAAAUCUUCUGACGGAGAACAAACAGCUUCUAGAGACCAAAAACGCUCUGAACAUUGUAAAAAACGACCUUAUCGCCAAAGUGGACGAGCUGUCGAGUGAGCAGGAGGUGCUGAAGGAGGAGCUGGAGGCGGUGAGGCAGUCCAAGAACAAGGUGGACGCCAGAAUCAAGGAGCUGGAAGAAGAAAUCAAGAGGUUAAGAGCAGAAGCAUCUCGGGACUCCAAAGACGAAGUUGGUGAUGACUAUUCGUCGCCCAUGCAGGACGGGGACAUGUCGAUGACCCAGCGGCGCCGCUUCACUCGGGUGGAGAUGGCCCGAGUGCUGAUGGAGCGGAACCAGUACAAAGAGAGGCUGAUGGAGCUGCAGGAGGCGGUGCGAUGGACAGAGAUGAUCAGGGCUUCUAGGGAGAGUCCUCCCAUCCAGGAGAAGAAGAAGUCCACCAUCUGGCAGUUCUUUGCACGCCUCUUCAGCUCCUCGUCCAGCCCUCCUCCAGUCAAGCGACCUUACUCCAGCGUCAACAUCCACUACAAGUCGCCCUCGCCGGCGUUCAACCAGCGGCGCAGUCACACCAUGUGCCAGAUCUCCACCUCCAACCGCACGCUGGAGUUCUUCCCUGAAGAACUGGCCAGUAACGGUGUUGCGUCUCUCCUCAGUGACUCGGCGCUGAUGGCGCGCCGAGAGCAGCGGCGUGAGCAGUACAGGCAGGUGCGAGAGCACAUGCGCCGCGACGACGGCAUCAUGCAGGCCUGCGGCUGGAGCGUGCCAUCUCGCCUCAAGCAGACUGGUGGUCAGACGGACGGCGCUAAGGACAGCCCGCUGAAGAGACAACAGACCAAUGAGAAAGAGGAUAACCGCAUGAAGAAUGUGCCUGUUCCGGUGUACUGUCGCCCUCUGGUGGAGAAAGACCCCAACAGGAAGUUGUGGUGUGCAGCAGGAGUCGACCUGACAGGAUGGAGAGUCAGCAGCCAGGAGGUGGCGCCACCCAAAGCACCAUCAGGCAGUGGUGACCCCCUGCAGACUGAGGAGGACCGAGCGGACAAGAAGAACGCGUCCCCUGAGAAGAGGAAGUCUAAGGAGCUCCAGGAGACAGACAGCAUGAACAGUCGAGUGUGGAUCCUCACCAGCACCCACUCUGCCAGCAAAGUGGUCAUCAUCGACGCCAACCAGCCUGGUUCUCUGGUCGACCAGUUCAACGUCUGCAACGCACACGUGCUCUGUAUCUCCAGUGUGCCAGGUCAAAUGGAAAACACCAUUUUAUUCCUGAUUGUUUUAUAUUUAAACGUGAAAGUAAGUUGGGGUUUUUUUGCUGCUCGUGUAUUUCUGGUUUCUCCAGCUGCCAGCGAGAGUGAUUAUCCAGCAGGAGAAAUCGUGUUGGAUCCAGGUGAUGGAGGAGCAGGAGGAGGAGAGGACAUGGGAGGUGUGGAGGGCAUGUUGGCUGGCAUCACGCUGGUUGGCUGUGCCACGAACUGCAGUGUUGCCCGUAGCAACUGUUCCUCGCGUACAGACACACCCAUAGUGGAUAAAGGACAAGCCCCCGCUGCUCCCCCCAUGAACGGAAAGAUUCACGCCGCCCAGUCAGCCGAGGAAGCCACGGAGGCCACGGAGGUUUCCGAAUCCACGGCCAGCCACCCGGAGAUGGGGUCCGGACGCCCGGGGCCCUUCACCGAGCACGUCUUCACCGAUCCUCAGCCUCGUCCGGCAGAUGAUAGGAGCGCGGGCCAGUCCAAAGAGGAAAUGUCUCAGCCUGCAGAGACUGAGGAAGGAGGGGAAGAAACCAAAAACUACACCAGCGUGGCCCCCACCAUGUGGCUCGGGGCGCAGAACGGCUGGCUUUAUGUCCACUCUGCCGUCGGAAACUGGAAGAAGUGUCUCCACUCCAUCAAACUCAAAGACUCGGUUCUCAGUCUGGUGCACGUGAAAGGUCGUGUGCUGGUCGCCCUCGCUGACGGGACGCUCGCCAUAUUCCACCGAUCAGAAGACGGCCUGUGGGACCUGUCCAACUAUCACCUCAUGGACCUCGGCCGGCCUCAUCACUCCAUCCGCUGCAUGGCGGUCGUCCACGAUAAGGUCUGGUGCGGCUACAAGAACAAGAUUCAUGUCAUUCAGCCCAAAAGCAUGCAGAUCGAGAAGUCGUUCGACGCCCACCCCCGGAGGGAGAGCCAGGUGCGGCAGCUGGCCUGGAUCGGUGACGGCGUGUGGGUCUCGAUCCGGUUAGACUCCACCCUGCGUCUGUACCACGCGCACACGCACCAGCACCUCCAGGAUGUGGACAUUGAGCCGUACGUCAGCAAAAUGUUGGGUACCGGCAAGCUGGGAUUCUCUUUUGUGCGGAUCACGGCCCUGCUGAUUGGUGGAAACCGUCUCUGGGUGGGGACAGGAAACGGCGUGAUCAUCUCCAUCCCGCUGACAGAGACGGUGGUUCUUCACCGGGGACAGCUGCUGGGGUUGAGGGCCAAUAAAGUGUCUCCUACGUCCUCCGGCGGUGUGAUCCAUGUGUACGGCGACGACAGCUCUGAGAAGAGCACCGGCAGCUUCAUCCCCUACUGCUCCAUGGCCCAAGCGCAGCUGUGUUUCCAUGGACACCGUGAUGCUGUCAAGUUCUUCGUAUCCGUACCAGGUAAUGUUUUGGCCACCUUAAACGGCAGCGUUCUGGACAGUCCAUCCGAAGGUCAGAGCACCGCAGCACCCACAGAGACCGAGGCGCAGAGUGUUCAGAACGUGCUGGUGCUGAGCGGAGGAGAGGGCUACAUCGACUUCCGCAUAGGUGAUGGGGAGGACGAUGAGACGGAGGAAGCUGAGAGCGGCGGCGGGGCUUCGCAGAUGAAACCUGCUUUGAGCAAAGCUGAGCGAAGCCACAUCAUCGUCUGGCAGGUGUCCUAUGUGCCGGAGUGACGCCUAAAUCUGCUGUAGCAGUACACCUGAACAUCUCAUUGAAGAAAUCUCCCUCUCUCCUCCCCCUGCCCACAGAAGCUUCAAGCCACUAAAACUUUGUAAUUAUUCCCUGCUCAUGUAAAAGUUUCCUUCUGGCUCUGAAAAAGAAUAAACCCUUCAAGCUGCGCAUCUUUCCUGGUAACUAUUAAACCCCCCGCUACCCCACCACCUUUUAACUUUAAUGCCUUGUAAGUACCUCCUUUGGCCUAGUUAUCUGCUUGCCAUCCUGUGUCUGUCCCACACAGGGCAUUGUAACCAUCAUCAUAAGCCUUGUAACUACCUCCCUUCUCUGUAACCACCAAAUACUCACCCUGUAAGCACACCUUAUCUCUGAUAUUCAGUCUUGGUUGCAUCGGGCCCAGAGCUCCUAAUAAUUUUUGCCAUUAAGUUUGCUAUCUAUGGAAACUUAAAUCUAAAAACAAAAGCAAGAAAGGAGAGCAACAUAUACAGCAAUGUGAUGGUAGAUGAAGUUGGAUUUUCCAAAAAAAAAAAAAAAGAAGAAGUUAAUUUUACCGUUCUUAUGCAAUGAUAUAAGUUAAAGUAAAAUACAUUUGGUCCCAGUGAAAGUAAAUGUUGAAUAAGUUGAGAAAUUAUAUUUCUUUUCCCUCUUGAAAUGCUUUACAGGCUGUUUAGGUCCCGAAUGAAAACAUCCAGCGCCUUGAAAAACUAUUCUUACUCCUUGAGCCCCUCUACAUCUUGUCGUGUUACAACCAUAAAUGCAAUUUAUUGGAAUUUUACAUGAUAAAGCAACAAAUUCAUUUAAAGGUUUCAGAGUUAAAGGAGAGUUUAUGCAAAUCCACAGCAAGCAUUUAGGAUUUUAUAAUUAGUAACUCAUUUAUCCUCUCAUCCUUCUUGUGUCGAACUCCAGGUGAUUCUUCCCUGUCUGUGCUAAACAAAAGCAUCCUCGCAGCAUGACGCUGCCACCACCAUGUUUCACUGUGGGCCUGGUGCUUUCAGGGUGACAUGCAGCAUUAGUUUACCACAAAACAGUUGUAAUUUUGUAAAGAAAAUUAAAAACACGCAUAUGAAUUCUGUUUACUAAUUAAAUGGUGUUUUUAAGGAUUUUUAUCAUGGACUAUCAGAGUAAAAGGUGCUAAAUACUGAUAUAUGACUCUCAUUUCAAUUACAUUAAAGUUUAUGGAUGUAACGUGACAAAAUGUGGAACAGUUAGUAAUUUUUCCAAGGCACAGACAUGUUCAGUGAGAAAAAUCCUGGAAAUAUGUGGUGCAGCCGCAGCAGUCUGAGACAGGUGAAAGGUUAGACCGUUUCCACAUCCUUUCAGACUGGUAGUUGAAUAUUUCAAUCCUUCGAUUCCUAAAAGAUUUCCCUCUUUGAUUGGCUGUGGAUCAGAUGCUUUGGUGUGAAGCAGGUAAACAGUGGCAUGCUGUUAUUUUAUGUACAGGGAUAACUGUAAAUGUCCAGACGCACUGAAGCCCAUCCUCUUUGUUCAGUAUGGAAACUCGUGCAUUGAUCUCUAUCUGUGGAUUAAAUAUUAAAACAUAAUUGUGUGCCGAACGCAA